UCCUUAAUUGAAAGCCGGCCACCGCCUAACCAUGUUCCUGCCGCCGAACCAUGUAUUUACUUCAAAGCCUAUAUACCAGCUGAGCUGGUAUUAGACUUAGCCAUGUGAUGUGACAUUAUUUCCCGACUGCCAAAUUUUAGUUCAGAGUUGGCGUUGGACCAUCGGAGGCCGGCCACGUUGGUUAUUGCACUACCUUAGCUUCAAAUGGGUGAUAUAGGCUUUGAAGAAAUACAUUGUGCUGGUCACUUGUAUUCAUGAUUCUAAUCUAUCAAUCAAUCAUGAUUCUAAUCCAUCAAUCCAUUAGAUUUAUGCAUCCGUUGAUUCAAUUCAUUAAUAUAUAAAUCUAAUUCAUUUGUCACCUCUAGCUGAUAUUUUCGGUAUAAGGUAAUUGUGAGAAUAGGAAAUUGAAUAUUAGUAUUUUUUAUUGAUUGUAUAGGAUCAUGCAUCUCUCCAUAUUUUAUCAUAUCACAUCACCAAUGCGGUUAUUCAGAACCAAUUUGGCAUUUCCCAAUAAAGUUGUAAUCAAAACUGUCAUGGAAUGUUUUAUUAGCGGUUAAUAUAUCAUCUCAAAAUGGCACAUAUAUACACAACAAACAUUAUAGAAUAAGAAAAGAAUGAGAUUCUAGCAAGCCAUUACUAUAUCCGUUUCAUUAGGACUUACGAUUUUUAUUGAAUUAUUUCCCUUAAACGGAGAGAUUUCAAAAUAUCGCGUAUCAUUUACCAUACUUCCGAAUUAAACUUCACUAUGCCACAAUCCACUACUAGUUAGCCAGAGAUAUCGACCAUACUCAUUCACUGAUGGAUUUCGGGGGAACAAUAUAAUUCACCACUCGAUCAAAUUCAUCAAUCAAAUGACCUAAUAGACAAUUUAAAUUUCAUGAUAGUUACUCUCAUGUUCAUCAUAUGCUUAUGCAUGGAGAGAUAUAAAUGAUUCAUUUACCCAGACCAACCAAAUUACUUGUACACAAAAUUCAUAAACACUCGAAACAACCCUCCAUCCUAAUCUGAGUUCAAUCUAGACCGACCCUAGUUAAUUAUUAUUAGAUUACUUGAUUAAAUCUUUAGUAGCAUCUUAACAAAUGAUGUGAAAAUUCUAUCGCAUUCUUGUCAAAGUUUCACCCAUUUAUCCCUCGUGGCCCCAAAGAUUAGUGACCAUUUUUGUAAUACACCCCAAGGAAAAUGUUGUUUCCUUUCCCAAUCACCUUCUGAUAAAUUCCGUCUCUAUAAAUACACAGACAGACAAAACCCCCUAACAAACCAAGUUUUUAUAUAUAUAUAUAUAUAUAAUAAUAAUAAGACGUCUAUUCCUUCUUGUCCAUUCCCAAACGGCCGAGAAAAGAUCAGUUUCCCACAGAAAGAAAUGGCGACGCUAUUGCUACUUGUAUUCUUUCUCCCUCUCCUCCUUUGCCUGGUCUGGUUCGCCGUUCGAAACAAGAAGAAGGCCAUUAUUAUACCAAACUGGCCGGUCGUCGGCAUGCUUCCGUCCUUACUCUGGAACGUAUCUCACGACCUCCUCCACGACUUCAUCACCCGAAUCAUGACACAGAGUGGAGGCACUUUCCGUUUCAAAGGGCCAUGGUUCGCCGGCGUCGACUUCCUCAUCACCGUGGAUCCGAUGAACGUCCACUACAUCCUCAGUAAGAACUUCACCAACUUCCCCAAGGGACCAAACUUGAAGGCCAUACUAGAACCGCUGGGAGACGGCAUAUUCAACACCGACGGCGAAUCCUGGAAAUCCCAAAGAGAAACCAUCCAUUCCCUAAUCAACACCACCAAAUUCCACCACCUAAUGCUCAAAACCCUCCACCGCAAGCUACAAAACGGCCUGAUCCCAAUCCUCCACGACUCCUCCUCCAAACUCCACAACAGUGCUCCUCUUCCUCCUCCUCUAGACUUGCAAGAGCUAAUGAAGCGGCUCACAUUCGACACCAUCUGCUCCCUCGUUACGGGUUUUGACCCCAAAUACCUCUCCAUCGAACUCCCCAGCCUUCCCUACGCCGACGCUUUCGACGUGAUCGAGCAGGUGAUUCUCUACCGCCAUUGUGUCCCAGCCACGGUGUGGAAGUUCCAGAGGUGGGUUGGCAUCGGGGAGGAGAGGAAAAUGAGAGAAGCUCAGGAAUGCUUUGAUGAGUUUUUGGAGGAGAGGAUCAGAGUGAAGAGGAAAGAGGCAUUGGAUAAGAAGGAGAUGGAAACCGUGGUGGAUGAUGAUUUUCUAACCAUGAUCUUGUCCGGGGAAGCGGGGAUUGAUCAGGGGAAAUUAACGAACGUGUUCUUGAGAGAUGUUGUGUUUAAUUUGCUUGUGGCAGGAAGGGACACCAUUGCCGCUGCCUUGAGUUGGUUCUUUUGGCUCGUGUCUGAAAACCCUAAUGUGGAGGAGAAGAUUCUGAAGGAGUUGGAUCAAGUUAUGGGGAAAGAGACGAGCUUCCCGAGCACAGAAGAGCUGAACAAAAUGGUGUAUCUUCAUGGAGCCAUGUGUGAAACCCUAAGGUUGUACCCAUCAGUGCCUUACGAACACAAGCAAUCGAUCGAGCCGGAUGUGCUCCCAAGUGGGCACGCCAUUGAUGGCAACACCAGGAUCUUGCUAUCCAUCUUUUCCAUGGGGAGGAUGGAAGAGAUAUGGGGUGUGGAUUGGAUGGACUUCAAACCCGAGAGGUGGAUUUCGGUUGGGUCUGCGGAUGAGAAGAAGACGGUGGUUAACCACGUGCCAUCUUACAAGUUUGCGGCUUUCAUGGCGGGGCCGAGAACGUGCUUGGGGAGGAAGAUAGCGUUCGUUCAAAUGAAAGCCGUAGCCAGUUGUGUUCUGCGUAGGUUUAAGAUUGAGGUGGUGGAUGGUCAUCCCGUGGUUCCUGACGCUUCCAUUCUCAUGUUCAUGAAGUAUGGACUCAAGGUCAGAGUUUCUAAUAGGGCAAGAUAAAUGUAUAUUAUCAGGUGGCGAACACGACAUUGGUCUAGUGGUAAUUCUGGGACCUAAAGAUUCCAAAUUCGAAUCACUUUAAUAGCACUUAAUUAUACAAAUCAAUUUAUGUCACCCUUAUCUAGAAUUUUCAUCAGGUGAAGGAUCAUUAUAUUGAUGCUCAGUUUGUAAAAAGGUUCAUUAUGUUCGUGGUUUAUGUUGAAUUGGUCUUUCAUGGGUUCUCAAAAUGGUUUUUACUGUUUACAUGUAACCUGUUCAAGGAAUAAUAGAAACUAUUUUGUUUGUUCAUUGGGUAUCAUCGUCACCGUCUCCUAAAGAGUAAAGGGGUUUUGGCUUCUGGUUAGCAGGAUUCCUUGUUUUUGUGCAAUUUGGUGAGAGAUAGCUGGUUGCCUUGCCACUUGCCAAAUGCCAAUGUUGGGUUUUGCUCUUGCCUCUUUGCCUCUUUCCCCAUGCAUGCAUGAAAUUCACAUGCUGGUAUCUUCUGCCGAGUCUCGAAAUGAGCUUUGUUUCCGUACUCUUGGACCUGGUGUUACCUGUGAUAGGCCCGGACUGUCACAGACUCACAGUUCUGGGCCUCCGAGUUCACUGACGGGCUUGACUUUGAGAGUAUUGGAGUACUAAGACCGUUCAAACUACUGUCCAUUGUGUUUUAUUUUGAAAACAAAAAUGAAUACACAACGCAUUUAUUAAGAAUUGUAAAACUGUAAGUCAAUAACAAACAUGGUACCGAAUAAAUCAGCAGAUAUUUUAAAUUGGUAAAAUUAUAUAUUGACAUAAGUUUUUAUUGAAAAUUUUCGAUCGACAUGCUGAUACAAUAUUGUUAAGCACAUGGUAAGACAGCCUAGUUGGUAAAAGGGCUGGGUUUCGAGUUUGGGAUGUGACAAGGUCCCAGGUUCGAAUCCCAGUACCACCUUCUUGGUGUUCCCGGAGGCACCCUUGGUACAGGAGACGAAGUCUCCCCGAUAACGGUAGCACUGCGCCGGGACAAAGUCCUUGAUGGUUAGCAUGCAGGUACCCCAGAUUUAGUAGGUCCCGCUGUCACUCAUGUGGCAUAUAGGUUGCUGAUGUUCCGGGUUAUCAAAUAAAAAAACAAUACUGUUAAGCAAACAUUGGGACGACUCGCACUCAAUGCUAAACGAGUAUGGAUAUUGAGUUGUCCAUUCCCAUCGCUAUACUCCAUCCUGCCCAGUUCGAGCCCCUAUUUACUGAGUCCAGCCACCAUCAAAGCCCAUUUGGCAAUAUCCUACCGGCUAUAUAUUCCCCCACCUUAUUCUACCCAUUCCAGCCCAACAUGUCCCACAUUCUAAAAUAUAUCACUAUCACAUGUUGUUUAGCAAACGCUCAUACACAUCAGUUUUUAGCAAUCAUAUCAUAAGUAUGAUUGCUAUGAUUUACAAUUUAUCUCAAGAGUUGUGUAACUAAAAAGUUGUGAAAAGA